UGCGCACAUCGCGCAUCUUUGAAACUUUCCCCGAUCGCGGUGACAACGUACUCAUAACUGUUUCUUGCUUUAGUUUGGUAAAAAGCGCGCGCGGGACCACACGCCAUUUUGGUGCGAACUUUUCCGACAAAACUCCUUGCUCUGUGUUUAUUUUUUUAUGAAUGACAUUUACGAAAAAAGAAAAUGAUAGUGAUGUGACAGAUACGUAUUAGGAAAAUAUAUCGAUAACUUCGAAAAUAAAAUAAUUGAUUUAGUUUUUGAAAAUGUUCCAAUACGAGUACGAGAAGCGGCCGCCGUCAGCCGGCUCGUGCGACAGCCGCGCCACCGUCACGACCGACUGGAGCCGCCGCUACCCGCCCCCCACCCCCGCCAGGGCCAGGCCGCUGCCGUGCGAGAGGGACAGAGCUGUCCCUCUGAAGGUGUGGAUCAUCGCAAGCGCCUCCUGUUUCGCGGUAUGCGCAGCAUUAGUCCUCGCCACCAUCGUCGUCACACGCUGGGGCUCGCAGGCCUACACCAGACCCUUGGAGGAGCCGGAGCUUAUCUACUCGCAUCCACACCCAGUGUAUAUCACACCAAAACCGAUCCCCACCACCACAGAAAGUGACCCUACAUCUACUGGUAGUGACGAAGUAGAAAACGACAUAGACGUUCUAGAAAAGCUGUCCAUAUUCAAAAAUGUAGUCGCUCACAGAGAAAAAGCCAAGAAAACUGAAGAUCUAAUCUCCAAACCUCAAAUCCACCCAGUACAUGACACAACUAUUGAGCACACAGAAAGAAAGAUCGAGAAGAAAGAUCAGGCAAGAUUACCCAGCCAUAUCUUAGCUGGUAUGGGAAUAACGGGUAUCAGAAGACCUAUCCCAGACUUCAAGCCAACACUGCCCGAUGUAUUUAUCCACGAAGAAAUCAAACUACCCAACGGGUACAUGGUUGGUCUAAGAAAGCAUGAUGAUUACGAAGAAUACUACAACGAUGAAAACUUAUACGAUGAUUACAUGCAAAGUAAUACAAUGACUAAUUACUUAAUUGAAAAAGUGCAGGAACUACAUGAUUGGAUAACCACGGAUCCCGAUUUUGAUACUGUGAAGAAUUCUACGAAAAUUGCUAACAAAAGUACUGAAUUUAGUCAAGUUUUGAAAGCUUUAAAUGAAAGUCUAGUGCAAGGGAAUGUUAGUAUAAUAAUGAGCAAACUAAAAGACAUUUACUUUGGAGAUAACUACACUAGUGCGAAUCAUAGUAAAAGGAUGAUUUUGAGUAAUAGCACGGAUUUGCUGUCGUUUGGUAUUUUGACCCUGGAUGUAAUGUUGCUGCAUAACAUUCAGCUGAUGGCGUGGGAAAAUCAGGAGUCAGCGCGUGCUAAGAUGUUGAAAGACCCAGAUGUAUUCGCGUUUAACGCACUCUUCAUGGACCCCAGCAAGGUGGAAACUAAGCAGAACGAGGUCUACCACCACGACAAUAGCGUCCCGGUGUUCAGUAAACGCCAGAACGCCCGUCAAGACGUGGAAGACUUCGACCUCGGCAAGAGUCUGCUGGAGAGCUUCUUGGAAGUCGGCAUGAGUACUGCCCGCGCCGCCAUACACCUGGGACGCGCUUACAAGAACACCAAAGCGGUCCUCAACCAGCUCUCCACCCGAGACGCUCCGCAAGCACAGCUCUCUCGCAACAUCGAUGGCAACACCCAAGCAUUGAACCACCUUCAGACGUCAUUCUCUGGGAGCUCUAACGGGACGUAUACUGAACUGGACUGUAUGUGGAUGCUGUACUGUAAAAACUUGGUGGCGACGAGCAAAUUGAAUGCGCCUUAUGGGACCAUGGCGAGGAUUAAUGGAAUGGCGCUCCGUAUGCUCGCGGGUGAGCUGGCAGCAGAGAGGGCGCUGGAGACGAUGGUGUCAGAAGCGCUGGCGGGCUGGGCGCCGCUCAAGUGCGACGAGCUGUUCCCGAGGUGCAGUAAAGUGAAUGCUGCUACAGUGGUAAUGGACACAAUACUGCAACCCAUCAGGAAAGCUCAAGCAAAUAGGUUAUGAUCGUCAAAUCCUGAAUAGAGUAGUGAAAGUCACAUAAUAUAAGAGAGAGAGAGAGAGAGAGAGAAGGAUAGGAAAAAAUAACUCUCUCUCUCUCACCAAAAAUAUAGAAUGCUCAUAGCAGCAGUGGCUAUAUCAAGAGAUGUUGCAAUUACCGGAUAGAUGGCGCUUAGAGAAAGUUUCUAUGUUUAAUAUUGUGCCUAAAAUUUCAUUCAAUAUUUUGUGGGAAUUUGCUCAAUUAAUCAUCAAGUGGACGUAGAUUUCUCUACUUUAAAUUUAAAGUCAACUAAGUUGUAAAGAUAGUAACUGUUAUCUUUCAUUUGAAUUUGUUGAUCUUUAUUUUAUUUAUUUACCAGUGAACAAUACGACUUCACUAGAUACUAAGAGCGUAAGGAUAGAAAUAAACUUAUUGAUUAUUUUUAUUACUAAUCUUACAAGACAAGUACAAAAAACGUUUUGUCUAACUUUAUACAGUGUGAGUCACGUUAAAGUGUACAUAUGAAAA